AUGGCUGAAUUUCAUACUUCCUAUUACUCAAAUUUGAAGACAAUGUACACUGUGGGAUACAGCACAUCCUUUCUGUCAUUAUCUGUUGCAGUCAUAAUUCUAGGCUUUUUCAGAAAACUCCGCUGUACCCGGAACUAUAUCCACAUGCAUUUGUUUACAUCAUUUAUUCUGCGAGCUCUUUCAGUGCUUAUCAAGGAUAGUGUCUUGUUUUCCAGCAAAGACAUUGAUCACUGCAGCGCUUAUGCCUCGUCUGGCUGCAAGUUUGUAGUGGUCUUCUACCAGUACUGCAUUAUGGCUAACUACAGCUGGCUACUAGUGGAAGGACUCUAUCUUCACUCUCUCCUUGUUAUAUCAUUCUUCUCAGAAAGAAAGUACUUUUGGUGGUAUAUCACGCUUGGAUGGGGUUUACCUUCCGUUUUUAUUAUUGCAUGGUCCAUUGCAAGGCAACUGCUAGAAGAUAUAGGGUGUUGGGAUAUCAAUAUAAAUGCUGAGAUCUGGUGGAUAAUUAAAGGACCUAUAAUUUUGUCCAUUUUUAUUAAUUUCAUUCUUUUUGUAAGUAUCUUAAGAAUAUUGAUUAAAAAGUUAAAGACACCAGAUGUGAGAGGAAGCAACUUUAAUCAGUACAAGAGACUUGCAAAAUCCACUUUGUUGUUAAUACCUUUAUUUGGAGUACACUAUAUUACAUUCACAAUUUUUCCUGAGGAAGUUAGUGCUGUCACAGCAGAAAUUCGAUUAUAUGUUGAACUUGCUGUUGGAUCUUUCCAGGGGUUUGUCGUUGCUGUUCUCUACUGUUUCCUUAAUGGAGAGGUUCAAUCUGAAAUCAAACGAAAAUGGAGACGGUGGAAGUUAAAAAAGCACUUUGAUGUAGAUUUUCGACAUCCUCGCAACUCAACAACUAGCAAUGGAACCAAUGGCAUGACCCUGGUUUCCCUGUUAACCAGGUCUAGUCCAAAAGAUCAAAGGAAAUCUUUUGACCACAGUCUGGCCGAAAAAUACUGAAACAUAAAAAAACUGAAUUUGUGAACUAUAAAGUGUAAUACUGUAAGAAAAAUGUGAACUUAUUUGUGAAAAUCUAAAAGAUUUUCAGCUACAUAUUCUACAGCCACUCACAUAAUAUUUCAUUUCUGGUACUGCUUUCAUUUGUGACAAGCAUCUUAAAAGGAUAGUAAUGUCAUAACAGUGUAAUGUAUCCCAUUCUGUUGAGCUUAUAUCCAGCUAUGUUUUAAUAUCUUCUGUAAUAACCAGCUUUUUUAGCACUGAGCGCUUUCACACUUAAGCUGCUGUUAUGUAAACACAAAAUUCUGUCUUUCAGCACAAGUUGUUUAAUGAUUGAAGUGCGUAGUGAAACAUAACUAUUUGUUAUUAAGAACUUCAAGGGCAGCUUGUUAGUUGUAUAUUUGUAACUUUAUCUGCAAUCAUAUGAAAUCACAAAGAGUGCUAUGCACUAUGUAUUUUCUAUAGGGUAUGAUAUAAUGUAUAUGAAACAUAGUACCAGGAUUUAUUUGUCACUUGCAAACAAAAGUCAACAAAUAUCUGUGGUUGAUAUAUUCAGACAGGUCAAGAAUACCAGAAAUUUAACAGUAACAAAUUUAAAGGGCUUCUUUUUAAGAAUUCUGCCACACAGUAUGGGUAGUUUUAGCUAUCACUAAUCCAAUCUUAUGAAAAGAUUCACAACUGUUUCACCUCAUGAAUAAUUUUAAAAAAAUCCUUUGAGCCGUGUAAAAUCUGACAACUUUUGUAACAAACUACAGUACAGUAGUAGUACGGUAAAAUAUAUAAACCCAUAAUAUAUUAACUAUGCAUAAUAUUUGUUCCUCAGAACUCCAAGAUCCUCCAGAAUGGAAGUCUGACUACCAGUUACUGCCUACAAAGUUUGCAUAUUCUCUUUGUGCCUGUGUAGAUUUUCUCCAGUUACUCUAGUUUCCUUCCAUCUCUCAAAACAUGCUGAUUCACAGCGUACUCUAAAAUAUCUACAUAUAUUCCUUCUACCCUUGCCUUUCUGGCCUGGAACAGGUCCACAGUACUAUAGACUUUUUCAUGUAUUUUGUUAACAAAUAAACAAACUAAAAAAUGAUACAUACAGCAAACAAGUGAACAUUAUUAGAUAGAAUAUAAAUUGCUUGUAUUAUUGUUCUUUUUAUGUAUACUAUGGGUGGGAUUCAUAAGGUGAGCUGUUCCUCUUAAUAUUACA